AUGGAGCCCCGAUUCGUGCCAGACGUCGGCGCCUUACCAGCGUUCGACGAGAAUGGGGAGCCCCUGGGCUGUAUCAAGUUCUCGGGGACAGGAGGAAGUCGCAACCGCUUCUACUACCUCAAUGCCGACCGGGGCGACGAGGACGAGGAGGCCGUGGUGCUGGAGCCCGCGCCCGAAGACGAGGAGGCCGUGGCGCUGGAGACCGCUCCCGCGCCCGAAGACGAGGAGGCCGUGGUGCUGGAGCCAGCGCCCGCGCCCGAAGACGAGGAGGCCGUGGUGCUGGAGCCAGCGCCCGCGCCCGAAGACGAGGAGGCCGUGGCGCUGGAGACCGCUCCCGCGCCCGAAGACGAGGAGGACAUGGUGCUGGAACCCGAGCCCGCGCCCGAAGACGAGGAGGCCGUGGUGCUGGAGCCAGCGCCCGCGCCCGAAGACGAGGAGGCCGUGGCGCUGGAGACCGCUCCCGCGCCCGAAGACGAGGAGGACAUGGUGCUGGAACCCGAGCCCGCGCCCGAAGACGAGGAGGACGUGGUGCUGCAGCCAGCGCCCGCGCCCGAAGACGAGGAGGCCGUGGCGCUGGAGACCGCUCCCGCGCCCGAAGACGAGAAGGACGUGGUGCUGGAACCCGAGCCCGCGCCCGAAGACGAGGAGGCCGUGGUGCUGGAGCCAGCGCCCGCGCCCGAGGCCGAGGAGGCCGUGGCGCUGGAGACCGCUCCCGCGCCCGAAGACGAGGAGGACAUGGUGCUGGAACCCGAGCCCGCGCCCGAAGACGAGGAGGCCGUGGUGCUGGAGCCAGCGCCCGCGCCCGAAGACGAGGAGGCCGUGGCGCUGGAGACCGCUCCCGCGCCCGAAGACGAGGAGACCGUGGCGCUGGAGACCGCUCCCGCGCCCGAAGACGAGGAGGACGUGGUGCUGGAGCCCGCACCCGAAGAUCAGGAGGCCAAGCCCUCCUCAUCCACCUCGUCGCCGAGGACCCCAAGCGGCGAGGAGCCCGCGCCUGAAGACGAGGAGGACGUGGUGCUGGAGCCCGCGCCCGAAGAUCAGGAGGCCAAGCCCUCCUCAUCCACCUCGUCGCCGAGGACCCCAAGCGGCGAGGAGCCCGCGCGCGCUGGAGCCCGGGCGCCUGGAGAACACGUGGUGCUGCAGCCCGCGCGGCAAGGGUUGGGUGCCUGGGCGCUCGCAGCAGCCCUCCUCGUCCUCGCUUGUGCCAUUCUCUCUGGCCUGGGCCUCUACUCCCUGCGCGCACCCACCGCGACGCCUCCCGAGGUGAGCCAGACUCACACCCCGUGCCCUCCUCUCAUCUCGACGCCUGCCGAGGAUUAA